GAGAGGGCUGUUUAAAAAUGGUGGUGAGCCCCCCCGCCCCCCCCCCCCCCCCCCAGCCUCAGAAGCCUUUUCGCUUGUGAGGCGAGUGUGUACGAGGGGAGCCACCGAUCGGCGUUUGUUCAGUUCAGAGACUCAAAGAUUUAUAACCUCAUCCAUCUAAAGCCGCCCCGGGGAAUGGCUCCGAACGCCUGGUUUGGAACUGGCGUUAAAAGCUCCGGGAGUUCUCAACCCGGUCCCGGCGUUCUUGAACCUUAGGGCAGGCUUGUCGACGGGCAGAUGAUCCUCGCCAACUGCUAGGAUGUAGGGGAAUGUCCGCGGCUCGAAAGCUCGUUGAGUUCGCUCAGAGCCUUUCGCUCAAAAGACCCUCGCGGGGCUCCCUUUGCGCGCUACUCAAGCUGCGGAAGCGAAAUAAAGUAUAUCUGGGGUUUUGGGUUUUUUUUUUGCAAACGCCAGGAUUUCUGUGCCAUCUGCAGCAAAAGCUCUAGUGCCGCUCUAUGCUACCAGGCCCCUCUGUUCCCAGGAACCUCAGGCUGAUGCCCAUCUCAGCUCGUCCACGCCUGCAAUGGGAUGAUACUCUGAAUCCUUUGAGGAUUAGUGUGGGCAGUCUUCCAGUGCUGGCGUCCAUGACCAAGGCAGCUGACCCCCGUUUCCGCCUGCGUUGGAAGGCCAUUGUGGUGACCACUCUGGCCCUUGUCGUAGUGUUGCUUCUCCUUUGUUUCCAGCGUUCAUCCCCUGUGAACAGGGCAGUUCCUCCCAAUGCUCAUACCUGGAGGCUUAAUGUUCUACCCAGUGAGAGAUAUAAUGACACUUACCCACUGUCACCACCCCAGCGGAUCCCAGAAGGUGUGCGGUACCGAAUUGGACUCAUUGCUGACCUUGACACAAACUCCAAGGGUCCCAGUGAGCACACCUGGUUCAGCUACUUGAAGAAGGGUUAUCUCACAUUGUCAGCCAGUGGGGACCAUGUCUCUGUUGAGUGGGAUACGAAGGACCAUAUAUUGGAAUCUCACCUAGCGGAAAAAGGACGUGGCAUGGAGCUUUCUGAACUGGUAGUCUUUAAUGGUAAACUCUAUGCCGUGGAUGAUCGAACAGGUGUGGUCUACCAGAUUGAUGACACCAGGGUAGUACCUUGGGUGAUAUUAUCUGAUGGAGAUGGCACAAUUGACAAAGGAUUUAAGGCAGAAUGGUUGGCAGUGAAGGAUGAGCACCUCUAUGUGGGGGGCCUGGGCAAGGAAUGGACCACAACUACAGGAGAGGUGCUCAAUCAAAAUCCAGAAUGGGUGAAAGUCAUUGGAUACAAAGGUGACGUGGCUCACGAGAACUGGGUGGCCAAUUACAAUGCACUCCGGACUGCAGCUGGGAUCAAAUCUCCAGGUUACUUGAUCCACGAGUCUGCCUCUUGGAGUGAGAGACUGCAGCAUUGGUUCUUCUUGCCUCGCCGUGCCAGCCAUGGACGCUACAAUGAGCAGGAGGAUGAGCAUCGGGGCACCAACUUGCUUCUUAGUUCCACACCAGACUUCACUGAUAUCUCUGUGAGCCAUAUUGGUGACAUCAUUCCCACCCACGGCUUCUCCUCCUUCAAGUUUGUCCCUGACACCGAUGAUCAGAUCAUUGUGGCGUUGAAAUCUGAGGAGGAUGCUGGACAUGUGGCCACCUAUAUCACUGCCUUCAUGCUGGAUGGACGUUGCCUGUUACCCGAAACUCGCAUUGGUUCCAUCAAAUAUGAGGGUAUUGAGUUUAUCUAAUUAAAAGAUUUUAUCGAAUUGAAAGAAGUCAUACUUUUAAGGAGGUCAGAUGAACUGCUGAGAGGUGGCGUAAGUUCUAUUCCCAUUUAUUACUCUGCUUUUGCUGCAGAGCAUUAUGGGAUGUUGAAAUGCUUCUCUUGGCAUAGUUUUCGCCUCUGUAAAAACUACUUGGCACUUGUAGCUUUUUUCUGUGCUGACCCCUAGUGGUACAAAGCCUGUACAGCUUUUUUUUCUCUGUUCUAUAUAGCAUCCUAGGACUUAGCCCACUCUCCUUUGUUCAAUCAGGCUAUUAAUUUGGCAGAGCAAACCUGAUGAAUUGCCUUAUUCUUCCAUCCUCCCCUCCUGCCCCCUAUCUAUUCACAUGUGCCUUUGCUGAGAAGAGAAAGUCUUCAAACCCAGUUAUUCAGCAAAGAUAUUAGUCAAACAUUUGGAAGGCUUCCCUUUGACUCUGGCUAUCCCUGCAACAGUCAUUUUAACCUUGUCUGCACAGAUACCUCUUUUUGAUAGGAAAUUGCAGAUGAGACUUUGGCCUCUAAUCAGGGAAAUUUGUGAUAACAGCAGGAAAGGCGCUGAUGCCACGAUUUAGAACUUUUGGGAACAAAAGGCUCAUCUUCGGUUCUGCCAUUGUGUCUAAAGGCAAAGAGUUUCUUUUUGGUAAUCUUAAUAUUGAGAAAUACAGAGAGAGAAGAUGAGACUUUUGUUCCAAAAAGUUCCAAGUUAUGGCAUCAGCAUAUAUAUAUAUAUACACACAUGACAUAGUUUUCCAUGAUCCUUCAGUUUUUAAAAAAUGCACUGUUUUCAGUGUUAGGAAACAAGAUCUUAUGAAAAUAUUGUAGCUGGAAUCGGGUUCUAAAGUUAUUCUAGCAGCAGAAUUUUAAGUAUUCAUCGUUCCUCCUUUAUGUGUAAUAAAAUGGGCAAGUGAGCUUACUUUGUUUCCAAUGCCUUCCUCAUUGUUGGUCAUUUUCUGGAAGUCUUAUUUCAAUCCUAGCGUUCUGUCUUAUUUUUCAGAUAAAUUAUCAACAGCGUUUAUAUUUGAAAGUUACCUGAACUAACCUAUGUUUUAUCUAUACUUACCUAUAUUUUUUAAUUACCUGAAAUGAAAAAAAAAUAUGUGUUGACAGUCAUAAUGUCCCAGCUUUUAAGCAGAUAAGAUAAAAAUAUAUGUUUAAGAAACACAAAUAUUAAGGAACACCUGUGUAGGAAGACGAGCUACAGAAACUCCAAAGAAAUGUAAUGAUUUUUUGGAUAUGCCAAAAUGUAUACAUUUGAAGGCUGUGCCAUAAAUGUGUGUGUGAAUAUAAAGAAAUGUGCUUUAUACCAAACCAUUGUGCUCAUCGUGCUCAAUAUUCCCUAUUCUAAUUGGUAAUUCCCUUUAGAGACUGACGCUAAACUAAUUUGCAUGCAAAAUAUGCGCCCUUACCGUUGAACGGCAGUUUCUCUUUCACAGACCAUCAUAUAAAAUCAGAUGCAAUUCUAAUGGGAGAUUUAUGUAGAUGUUUCCCAAACUCUUCCACCCAAUACUUUUGGUUUGUAUCUUAGAGCAUAAACCAUAAAGUGAAGCAUACUUUACUUGGGUGUAAUAGAAAUAAUGAUUCCUUUUGAAUAGUGUGUGAAAUUCAGAAAGGCUGAUCACUAGAUGGUGCUACUGUACUUAUUUGUGACAUAGCCAUAACAUAAAAAGCUUUAUCUGCUUCCCUUGAAAGGAUCAGAACACUCUGGGGGCGUGGCUAGCAUUUACAUCAAAUGUGUCAAGUCCAAUCAGUGUUUGUGUGUGUUGGCAUUUGUUGUUAGGUAUAUUUAAGACUUAGAUCUAUAAAUGUAAAAGUCCAAAACAUUCAUAAAUAAUACAUGAAUUUGGACACACAAAGUCAGAUUUUGAUAACUGCCUCCCAUUUUGUAUUGAGAGUAUUGCCUAUAAAGUUGAAUUGUUUUUUGUAAUCUGCUAAUAAGAGUCAAAUUGGUUAAAAUGAUUACUUAGUAACAAUUUAAGGAUUUUUUUUUUCUUGGAUGCCCAGGUAUAAUAUUCAAAUAUGAGCUCAUUAGCAUCACUAGUUCUUUGUGUGGCAUGUCUUUGUUAUUAAGCGGUUGAUAACAAGAAGCAAAAAUAAUGAUUUGAAUUUUAGUAGAAACUUUCUUGUGAGCAAAAUGGCAGAAUUUUGGAAAAACACAAAAUAUAUUUCUGAUUUCUAAGAGAAGGAGAAAAGAUUUCAUUCUUUUUCAAGCACUUCACAAAGGACCCUACAUAUUAGUUAAUUUAAAACUGGCAGAAAUACUGUUUAAUUGUUAAACAUCCUCACCUCUGUGCAAAUUAGCAAAUUAAAGUCUAAUUUGGAUGUCGUGGUAAUUUUUUUCUUUCUUUUUUUUGCUUUGAGGCUGGCUGCCUCUUUGCCCCAUGGAUGUUUGACUUCUGCUGAAUUAGCCAGCCCAAACGCAGUCAAGACAGCUAAUCUACAAGAUAGACUUCUGAUUAAGCUCCUGAGCCAUUGAUUUAAUCCCAUCCUUGUAUGUCCAAAAUUAUAUUCUAUGCGAUUUUGCUCAAAAUUUUUAAAUUUAAGUUCAGGGUUAUUUAAGGAAGUUCCAAAUUCAGUAAUCCGAUUUUUCACAUGGCUGUACCCUCUUUGUAUGAAUUUACCAGGUUCCUUCCUCUUAUGAUCUCUUUACUCUGUUGCCCUCUAGAUUUAUUAAACCAUCUCCCAUGAGCUUUAUAUGGCAUGACUAAUGGUAGUGUUGGCUUGGAAAUCAUUGAUAAUAGAGGGGAAAAGUCUGGGAAAAGUUACUCCCUCUACUGUAGCAGCAUUUUCCUCUCUCUGUAAAUAACCUUAUAUCCCCCGAUACAGCAUUGCAUUCUCUAUGGAAGUUUUAUUUUUAAAAGACGAUUUUUUUUAAAAAAAAGAUAGAAGUAGAGAAUAACCAAGUAUCCUAAGAGAAAAGGUUUUUUUAAAAUUUUGUUAAUCAGAUUUAUUGCAAGGGGAAAGAUUACAAUGCAGAUUAUUGUGAAUAGGAUUAUAUAUGUACUUUGGUCCUGCCUUUUACAGGUA